CCCUCCGUCUAGUUUUUCUCUAUUUCUCUUCUUCUAGAUCUUGGCCAAGUUAAUUUUCAUCAAUGGCUUGUGUGCCAAGGACCACUGCACCAUCAUGGUCAUGCCAAGACAGUGAAGCCUCUGCAGAGCUCAAGCUCAUAGUGAUGGCUGUAAUGCUUGGAACCAGCAUUGUGAGCAUCUCUUCACCUUUGAUUUUCUCUCAUUUCAUUCACUGGAAGCCCAUUCACAGUAAACUUCUUCUAGCUAUCAAAUGCUUGGCAGCUGGUGUAAUUCUCUCUAUUUCACUUGUCCAUGUCCUUCCUCGUUCAUUUGAUUCCCUCUCCGACUGCCAAGUCGUGUCCCUCCGUCCAUGGAAGGACUUACCCUUCUCGGGUAUUGUUCCGAUCAUCGGAGCAGUCACGGCAUUGCUGGUGGAUAUCAUGCAGAGUUGUUAUGGGAAUGAUAAGAGCAGUCACUAUGCGCCCGUGAAGACACACGAGGAUUCUUCUUCUGAUGGGAAGAAAACUGUGACUACUCAAUUUGAAAUGGGGAUAAUGGGGUGGCAUGAUCGGCAAGCGGAGGAGAUGGCGAAACUGAAGCAGAGGCUGGUUGCUCAAGUUUUGGAGAUUGGGGUAGUGUUCUACCCGGUGAUUAUAGGGCUGAUGACGGGAGUUUCUCACAACCUUUGCACCGUAAAAGCUCUGGUUGCUGCCCUGGUGCUUCACCAUUUCUUUGAAGGAAUAGAGCUAGGUGGCUGCAUGGCACAGGCAGGCUUGAACUUCGGAACAACAGCAUAUAUGUGCAUCGUGUUUUCAGUAACUGCACCAAUUGGGAUGGUUUUGGGCAUGAUAUUAUAUACAGCCACUGGUUAUGAGCCCAGAAGCGCCAAUGCCUUGAUCAUGGAAGGAAUAUCGGGGUCUCUAGCGUCUGGCAUACUGCUAUACAUGGCGUUUGUCAAAUUUACAGCGGUUGAAUUCUUCUACAGCAAGGUGAUGAUGGGGUCUAGGCCAUGGAUGAAGAAGCUGUGCUUCUUUCUUUUUGUUGUUGGGUGUGCUUCUAUGGCAUUUCUCAUCAUCUGGGUCUGAAUAAUGUUUUGUGCUUUGGGGAACAAUAUCAUCAGUGCCCUCUGAAUAAUUUCAAG